UCUAAGUUGGCAGACAACUCGUCCAUCGCCAUCUUGUUCUUAGUUUGAUUUCAUAAUAUAUCGAUGCAUUUUUAAUCGGUUUCGAUUCUGUAAUACAUCAAAUUUAGGCGGUAAGUUGAUCAGUAAUCGAUAUGAAGAAAACAUCGUCAUUAGUUUGGAGAUUUUUCGAUCGUUUGGAAGAGAAUAAGAGAUGUGUCGCAGUGUUGUGUAAAUUAUGUGAUAGUCAGUACAAGUACUUUGGUAAUACAACGAAUUUGCGAACCCAUUUAGUGAACAAGCAUCCGAUACAAUGGGAUUUGCUGCAGAAUGGAACAUUGGACGAGUCUGCGGCCAGAGCUUACGACGAAGAUGAUAGUUCGAGCAGUAAACGGAGGAAGUACAUUAAGGCCUACAAAGAUGAUAACGUACGUUAUUCUGUAUCCGUUGAUCUUAAUAAGAAACGAAAUAGCCGCAAUCCCUCCGAUGAGAGCUCAAUGCCAGUUAUUGAAAUACAGCGGGUGUUAGAUCAUUCAGAGACUGAAAAUGAGACAACAGUCACCGAAGUUGUGGAGGAGCCGAUAAAUAUUGUUCGCCAAAUGCAUGGCAGUAGAGCAUCAGACGAGGAAUGGUUGAAUGAAGAUAUGUAUCAAACAGUGGAGACUUAUGAACCCAAAAAAAAGAAGAUGAAAUACAGAACUAUAAAGAGAGAAGUAUCUUCACCACCGCAUGUGUCAAAAUAUGUUGUCCACUCACCGGCCAGCUAUCCUAAACAGGAACGUAUAGUCAUUGACAACAGUCAACGUAAAGAUGAGUACUCAGUAUUUGGGGAAUAUGUGGGAAACAAACUAAGGAAAUUCAAAAGCAACCAAACUCGGGGAAAUGUCCAACAAUUGAUCACGACGAUUCUAUGGCAGGCGGAGUAUGGUGUUUAUGAUAGUAUGGAGACUAUAAAGAGAGUUUUACUACAUUCAGUUCAGGAUAUGGAAACUGUUCCACAGGAACAGAUCAUUGUACACAAUAUAGUAGAGGAUGACUCGCUCAAAGUGGAUGAAAAUUAAACCAAAGAAAUAUAUAUAUGUAGGGCUGUUUAUGUUAGGAUAUGUUGUAUAAUAAAAUAAGUUUAUUGAAGUCUA